AUGAUGCAGCCGGCGACAUCCAUGGUCCCACCGCCAAUGGCCACUCAACAGCCGCCGCAAUAUCAGCAGCAACAGCCGCAGUCGCAGCAGUGGAUGAACCCUCAGCAGGCUGCAACACCUCAGUACCAGAUCCCUCCGCCGCAGCAACAACAGGCCCCACCUUCUGCCGGUUAUUAUUACGUCCAGCAACAGCAGGCUGCGCCGCAGGCCCAACAUUACGCCGCUGCUGACCCGAACGCUGCAGAUGGUGUCCGGAGUUUGUGGAUAGGAGAUCUCCAGUAUUGGAUGGAUGAGCAAUACAUCUUGGGCUGUUUUUCUCAAACUGGAGAGGCUGUAACUGCUAAAGUUAUUCGCAACAAGCAAACAGGCCAGUCAGAGGGUUAUGGAUUUGUAGAAUUUGUCAGUCAUGCUGCUGCAGAGCGAUGCCUACAGGCAUUCAAUGGCAAAAUGAUGCCUGGCAUUGAGCAACAAUUCAGAUUGAAUUGGGCUUCGAUGGGUUCUGGCGAGAAGCGCUCAGAUGAUGCUCUGGACUACACUAUCUUUGUUGGAGACUUGGCUCCUGAUGUUACUGAUCAAAUGCUCCAAGAAACAUUUAGACCCUACUAUAGUUCUGUCAAGGGUGCCAAAGUUGUAACAGAUAGGCUAACUGGACGUUCUAAGGGUUAUGGAUUUGUGCGGUUUGCCGAUGAAAGUGAACAAUUACGUGCAAUGACUGAAAUGAAUGGAAAGUUUUGUUCCACAAGGGCUAUGCGCAUUGGUCCGGCAGCUAACAAGAAGACAAUGGGAGGGCAGACCAAAGCUUCAUAUCAGGGUAGUCAAGGAGUUCAAAGUGAGGAUGAUCCAUCUAAUACAACUCUAUUUGUUGGGAAUUUGGACCCUAGCGUUACUGAUGAGCACCUGAGGCUAUUGUUUGGGCAAUAUGGGCAGCUGCUUCAUGUUAAGAUACCUGUGGGCAAGAGAUGUGGCUUUGUUCAAUUUGCUGAGAGGAGCUGUGCUGAAGAAGCUCUGCGUGUGUUGAAUGGGAACCCUUUGGCUGGGCAAAACAUUCGGCUUUCUUGGGGCCGUAGUCCUUCAAACAAACAGCCCCAAGCAGAUGCAAACCAAUGGAAUGGUGGUGCUGGUGGUGGCUACUAUGGGUAUCCUUCUGGAUAUGAGGCCUAUGGAUAUGCUCCACCGGCCCAGGAUCCUAACAUGUAUUAUGCUGGAUACCCUGGUUAUGGUAACUAUCCAACACCCCAAGCUACACAGCAGCAACAACCUCAGUUGGUGUGUAAUGUUCCAUGUCACUUGUUUUGCAGUGAUCUGCUAUUUAGAGAUAGCCACUUUCAAGGAAUUUGGGCAUCUCUUUGCAACGAGAGGCUUGCAGCUGAUAAAUACGUGGCCAGCUGGGGACAAAUCGUGGUAGUAACUGAACUUUAUUCUGCUUUAAGGGGUGACAAGCUUCACCAGUCAUAUCUGGAAGGGGACAGAAAACACAAAAAAGUUUUCUUUCCAACUUGGGUUUUUCUUGAAGCAACUAGCAAUAUACUGCUCAAUGCCGGUUUUAUGCGGAUUGGUUUGGAGUAG